GUGCUGUCGAUAAGCACCAGCUGUUAGGUGUGCACGCAAGUUAAAUCAGCAGGUACUAUAUAUCAAUGUCAGUUGUGAUGGUUUUCCAUGAAGUCGCCGUUGUGUUACUUUGCCGUGUGUAGUUGAAUCUUGAUGGGCAGUUUGAUUGUAAGUUACGAAUACUAUAGAAGGUUAAUAUUUGGAAAUAUAACUUGGUUUAUAUAUUUAAGCUUGUUGGCAACUGCUGAUCAUCAUCUUAUGUAUGUUUACGUGGUUAUCUUUCCAAUAAAUAUAAAGUAUUUGAUUCAUCUUUAGUUCUCAGAUAGCAUUUACGUAGCAAUCAGUUGGGAACACGAGGCAAACACACACAUACAUAUAUAUAUAUAUAUAUAUAUAUAUUUAUAUAUAUAUAUGAAGUACUUGUUAUACUUUUAACAUUUCUACAAUCACGAUAACAAAGCGUAGCUAGGGGUAGAGCCGCCCGAGGGCGGAUGAAAGCUUUCGCCCCCCUCCCCCUUUUUUUUUUACACGAAAAAAAAGUGUAUUUCGCUGUAAAUUGCACCUUUCAAAGAAAAAAAAAGAGGACAGAAGGUGCUACCGUGAGCACCCACCUUUCCUACGCCCUUGAACAGACCUGUUGUAAGUUUGAUCUUUCUUUUCGACCAUAAAACCGUGCCUAGCUAUUAUCUGUUACAUUUUAGAUUUCAAAGUCACCGUUAUCACUGGUCCUAUCACGUACUGCAACUGUUCAUCUUUUACGACAGUGGCUCCCAAACGUUUCAGUUUUGCGGUACCGCUGGAUAAGCUUCGCGCUGCUCCCGUAACCGGUGUAAGUUAUAUUGAGUAUUUAUAUUGUUUUAUUUGACCUUAAAUAUGUAAAAAAAAAAUAUAUAUAAUUUAAUCCGCGUUCAGCCAAUGUGAAUAGACUCUUUAACUAUUACCAUUUGAUGCUGGUCGUUAUAAUUUGUAUUCACAUAAUCGGGUGUUCAACUUAGUUGAAGGAUAAUCGAGGUUGAUAUAAUUUAGUAUCACGAGAGUUACUUGCGACAUUUCAGAUUAUAAGGUACCUGUAAAAAUCAACAUACAAUCUUCAAUAUAAUUCUCUUGUUCUGUACACAAAAUUCUAGUGGAAUUAUUUAAUGAUUUCUUUUAUCAGCAAUAUUAAUAACGUCUCAUAAGUUUAACGGCACACCUUGUUGAUCUCGAGGUUCACUACUGUGUCUCGGAGCAACUUUGAGAACCCACCGGUCUAGCAUGACUGCUUUAAGCUAUCCACGUCUCGCUGGCGUCAAGGAGAAAUUCUGUUGCUGGUCUCAUCAUCUAGUGUUACUGACCGUUAGAGGUCGAUGCAAAAAACCGUGUUUUUUUUUCUUUAGCUUGUACUUCUGGUUUCUAACCCUAAACUGAAAUAUAAGGGUUUGUGUUACGUACUGUCUUCUAUAGUGAGAAAUUAAUCUCUUUUUUAAAGUUAUUGGCUCGCUCAAACAGUGCCUAACAAAGGACGAUACCAUAGAGAAAUACAUUUGCAAAAAUACGACACCCAAAACAGUACUAAUUACAAUUAAUAAUAUUUAUUUACGUAUUAAUAUAAUUUAAAAAAAAAAAGAAUUAUAAUUAAAAUCAUCAACUUACAGAGUAUGGGAAGUUUUGUACCGGUACACAGUAAUAACUGUUAGUACAAUGUGCCACAAAAAUAAGGUACAAUGAUGAAUACGAAUAAACACAAAUGAGUACACACAUAAUAAUACACUUGUCUCAUGAAGUUAAAAAUAUCUCCCAAUCCCUCCCUCGCUGAAUCCCCUUAUUUAUAUAGUGGGUCUACCGACGCAUCCAGAAACGACUUACACAUUGUUCACGUUUCUAGUCAAAUCGCGAACUUUCUACAACAUACAGAUUAAUUGGUGUCGGCAGUAAACACGCUAAGAUGAAAGGGGCAGGCCACGCCCAACGCCCACGCGGCGUCGGUUAGAUUUGGCUAUACAAAGUUCACGGCACGGGGAAAGUGUGACGUAAACACGUCCUACAUAACAACUAGAUAAAUUCUGUGUGUGGGUCAUGGCAGUCAGGGUGUGUUGUUUGAUACGGGCGUUUGGUAUGAACAUUAUUAAUAACCAAAUACACAGAUAUAAAUUGUUGGAACAUUGCUGACCAUUCGAUCAUAACAUCGAUAACAAAUUAUUGAAAUUUUACUUAUUUCUAAUAGCUCAAGAAAUCUUCACAUUUUCGAGCAGAAAAAAAUGUUUGAAUCCAGUGAGCAUUAGAAAACGAAUUUUAGUACGUCUAUAAUUUUGAUUUCGUUUUAAUCCUAAAAAUGCACACUUUUGUCGGGAGGCUGAAAGGUUCUUUUUUGUUUAAAAAUGUAUUGUAUUAUUCCAAACCAGAUGAUUGUAGUUCGACUCCCAGCCUAGGUCAGAAUUAAAUUGCUCUUUUGUUUUCUUCUAACAAAGAUCCCUGCUUCACUUCUCCCUGCGUAGACACCCCUGGCACCUAAGUCCUAAUGACACACACUAUUUGGAGUGAUAAUUUGAAAAGUUACAAUGUCCUAGGUGUCGGCAGUAUGGACACAGUGGAACCUGCUACAACGCGAAUUCGGACAUAAUGUGGUUGUGGCAUGGCUUUCGCAAUCGUCGUUCAUGCAUUCACACAUGAUUUUUUUAUUAAUUUUUUUAAGAAAAAAAUGUUACGCAAUACAUGUGUAUAUAUUUCCAUACACUACAUUCAUAAAUUCACUAAAACUAGUUCAUCUUCAAAUCUGAUUUUUAAUUUUUUCCUUUUACAAAAAAUUUACCUCGCUAUUGAAAUGGAUUACUGUAAAACCCCAGUGUAACGCGAUUCCCUAAUGAACCCGAUCCGUCUUUUAUGUAGCACAAUAAUCGCGUUAUAGCGGGGUUGUACUGUAUUUACAACUGUAUGGAGUUGUUCUCCCACAGAGAUUUACAGGGCGCCAACAUCCUCAUUUAGUCCAAAUGGCCACUAAACACACAGGUAAAAAAUGAACAUAAAUUUAACGCAAGACACUAAAAUAGAUUAAAACUAUAAAAAUUCAAAUAGUUUAUGUUAUUUUAUUUCAGCAUUUGAAACUGAAUCGACUUCUCAGCUGGACAAGAGAUACGCCUAUGAUAUUCCUAUGUUGGUCUUUGUUAAAAAAAAAAAGCUUAAAAGAGACAAUCGGGAGCGUCUCUCUUUGUUGUAUAAGGAUCCCACUAUAAUAACCUGAUUACACCUUAUCGACUACAACUGCGUUGUGUGUGUGUGUGUGUGCUGAAAUGAAUGAGGCCACUGAUGAAACUGUGAAGGUGGAAAAAAAACCCUCUUCAAAUGAAAAGGUUAGUUAUUUAUAAACGCUAGAUAAGGUUGGGAAACCCGGAUGUAAGCAAUGACCAAGUCAUUCAUGAGCAGUGAUAACUUGACAACUACGCAUCAUCAUACGUGUUCAUUUGCAUUUAAAGUGGAGUUUCGUUCUUUACUUUUAGCCUACGUAUUUCUUUAGUCAUAAAACUUAAAAUAUGAAAAUAUAUCAAACCAAAUGUAUCCCGCCAAACAUAGGCGACAGCAAUGCGUGAACUUUCCAAUCUACUAAAGUUACUUGACAAAAACGUGAACUCAAGUUACGCACAUUUAAAAAUGCCAAUUUUGCUACACCCCUUCCUCCCCCUUUUUUUUUCAUGAUACGCGACCUGCGGCUUAGCAAACGCCGCGAGCUUCGCUGGUAAGCGAGGGUGGUGCAGGAAGGGUGGGGCGGUAGCUCCACCACAGUGCGCAUGUCUCGAGACCAACGAAGGACAGGCAAGGGGAGUGAGGGGGGGGGUUGCCUGCGUGUUGCUUGCUUUGGCGUAUCUAUAUAUAGCCUGCGUGGUGGUGUUUGCCCUUCUUCUGGCGAAUGAUAUAUAUAGAUAUAUAUGUGUUCAACAGGCUUGCAAAAUAAAUAUUCCCAGAAAUUAGCACCAGUGUUUCUUUAAUUUGAGGGGGAUUUCAGGCAGUGGGGGUGGAGCAGUGCAACUGCUAACGGCAAAAGUGGGCAUAAUGGCGCCCAGCACCAGCUCUGAAUCCGCCGCCCCGCUAUACAUAAACUGAUUUGAUACCAUGAAAAUAACAUUUUUGUCAGUUAAAAAUAAAACAGUUCAUAUUACUAACAUCCAAGAUUUGUAUAUGUAUAUAUAGCAAGCUGCCAAUAAUGUCGGUGAAAUUUGAGCUGAAAGUAAGGAGAGGGGUAUGGGGAUUGGUGUGAGACCCUCCCCAAAAAAUGUUUGAUUAAUUCAAAAUCAAGGAAUGCAUUUUUGUGCCCCCCUUACUUUAGUGUUGCAUCAAUUGAGCAACAGGUAGCUUGGGAAUUUAGAUGUCUCUAAACCUGGCUGUGUUCUAAGUCUUAUAAUAAUAGUUUUUUAAAAUAAAGUGUUACUAAAUAGAAAUAUUGUGUUCUAAUGAUCAUACAUUUGUUUGACCUACUUCAUUAAUAAAUUAAUCUUAAAAUAAUUCAGCCCGAAAAGUGCCGGUGCACAGUAUCGGCAAUAGUCUCAGAAAGUACGGACGUCAUUAUGUGACUUGAACGCAAAUUCAAUAAACUAUAUUAAUUAGGCAAACUCUUUUGAAUUAAUUAAAAUUUUUAACAUUACCACAUUUUACUAGAAUAAUAAUGUUAUGUUGAUUGAUUCCAUUCAUGUUUUACUGCAUAGUUAAGGCGGGUCAUUUAUUAAAAACUGUUGGCCUAUAUGAAUGAUAUAAUUAUGCAAAGAAGAUAAAUUAUAAAUCAAUCAACUAUUGGCGUAAGAAGGAGGGGUGGGGGGCAUCAACCCACACAGCCCCUUUUUCCUUAUCUCAUAUUGUAGAGUGUUUUUCACGGGAGGGAUUGCGAAAAAUAUGAAAAUCGUAAAAGUAAAACUAAUCCGCGAGAACUGUUUUUUUUCGACUUCUCUUUGAUACUUUCCCAGAGUUGUUUAAUUAUAAAUUGAUCAAACUGAUGGAGCAAAUUUUUUUUAUUAUUCUAAUAAUUAUUAUCAAAUGGUUUAAAAUGUCUCUUCACCAAUGUAUUAUCCAGUGAACUGCGUCACAAAAGUAAGAAACUGCAAGAAGAUACAAACGAUUUUAUUAUUAUUUUUUUUUUAAAUUAUAAAACGUGACCCACAAUAAAAAACUUCAUUUGUUUAUAAAUUAUGAAUUCAAAUGUAAAGUUUUUCAUUUUGUUCUAGGAGAGUACUCAUGGAAUCGACUACUUUAAAAAUUAUGCUAUAUUUAAAAGGAAGAUGCAGUUUGAUACCCCAUUAACCCAAAGCUUUUUAAACAAAAGAUUUAUCGCAUAUUAAGAAAGAGACAUUUUUAAAACAGAUUCAAUGUCUGAUGCGCAAAAUAAGAUAAACUAUUUUAUCGAUCCAAAUAAAUGGUAAUGUGUUUCAGUUACAUUGUAAAAAUAGCAAAAAUGUGAGCGUUAUUUGUCUUUAUUUCGCUGGGAAGAUAUGUUUAAUCAGGAAGAUUUAAACUAUUUAGAAUGCAAUAAUGUAAUAGUAACUAGAUUGGAUAUCAAUAUUCCAGUCUUCAAAUAUAUCGACCGCCUCGAUAUUUUGUUGUAGUAAUACAUAAAUUUUAAUCAGCGACAAUUUAGGCUAACAUUUGCCUCCGUUUUUACGAUCUUUUGAUCGUAAAAAAAAAGAAAAAUUAAGCCUAUAGUCUUACACUACACAUUACUCCCAAGGAGGCGACUUUACUUGCUCUGGCCUAACCCCACCCCCACUCCCUCCCUCCCCACACGUAGAGAUUCCUGAGAGAAACACAGAUUGGUAUUCAAAUAAAGUGAACUACUUGAAUGCAUUUUUCGUCAAUUAACUUAAGAAAUGUGAGCCGCCGCUCUAUGUCUGGUGCAUUGAAAAAUUAAAGUAAAUUAAUACAUUCUUUUAAAAAUUUGAACAAAAAAUAAUUAUAUAUAUUUAUUGAAAGUAUACUAUUUGAAGAAUGGCAUUUUUUAUGAUUUCAUAUCACGGAGAUAUAAAUCCUAAAGUUAAUUAUGUCUUCAGCUUUGUAUUCACUCCUCAUCUCUCCAUCUUCUUCGGUCCGUUUUUACCGUGGAGGCGUGACGGGGAGGUAUAGUACGUGAUCUCUCCCAAGAGGUUCUUGUUUUGGACUUUGAGAUUGCCCUUAAUAGUCAAUUUACUGACGGUGGUCUUCCUCUGGGUCCUUCUCUUAAAAGCUUGCAAGGCAGGUUGGUUAGCAGAUGGGCCUACCAGCUUACCAAACCUUUAAAUGUACUUUUGGGGCACAUACUGCUGGCUGAUUGAGAUGGAACCAACCAUUUGUCCUAUUUCCUGGUUCUGAAUGUAGCCCAAUCUCGUGUUAUUAGCUGCUCUCCUUAAACAUCUCAUCCCACAGAUCAAUAUUUUUUCCCUCUAGAGUUUUAUUUAGAGUCCAGAUCUGAAACUUGUUAGUUUGGACUGAAAUAAAGACAGCAAUCACUUUGUCUGGCUUUGGCCUCAAAAUUUAUUCUUGAAUGUCUUGGUACUUGGAAGUGGGGUCAUUUGGUAGCUGUUACUCACUGACUUGUAUUGGGAGAAAUUAAUCUCCUAUUUUAAUUUUAAUUUGGCUCGUUGUAAACUGUGCCUAACAAAGGACAAUACCAUAGAAUCAACAAUAUUAAAGAUACGAAACCCAAAGCAGUUUCUAGUUACAAUUAAUUAAGAUUUAUUAAGUCGUAAUAUAAUUACAAAAUAAAAUAAAAUAUAAUGACAAUCUUCAACUUACAGUAUGGUAGAUCUCGUACCGGUACACAGUUAAUACAGAAUAAUGUGCCAAUGAACAAUAAUGAAUGCGAAAUAAACACAUAUAAGUAUGAGCACACAAAUACACAAAGAAUAAUACACGCCUCGUAAAGUUAAUAAAUACAUCUGAAUCUCCGUCCCUCCGUCCGUGCCUGUCAAUCCCUUAUAUAGGUCGCGUAAGCCCUGCCUUCCAGAAAACUUAUGACGUUUCUAGAACAUUACAUUCAUUCUACAAAAUGCUAUUUGGAACAGAUUAAUUAUUUUUUGUGGUUGGCGGCAUAAACACGACAGAUCAAACGACUAAGCCACACCCCUCUGUGAACACAGCGUCUCUUGCGGGGUCAAUCAGAGGGCACGCACGAGAAAAAUUAUGUAAACAAGCUGUUAUAUAACAGUAGCUAAUUGAGUUUGCCGUCUGCACUCUUGUCUCAACCUCUCUGUCUACAUCAAAUAGGUUUCCUUGAUGUUGACAUUACUGGCGUCGUCCGAGAUAUUCAUGUUACUCCUCAUUGACUACAGAAUACAAAUUUCCUAAAUGGCUGUACACAUUUUAUCGCUAAGACGCCCCCCCCCCCCCACAAACUGUAAAAAUUCUGGAAUAAAAACAGGCAAUUUUUUUCACUAAAUGAAGCACAACUUUGGGAACCUCUUUCAACAAUCUGGGGCGUGACGUGAGUCCUCCUAUUUAUUGGUCACAGCAUUGGGGGGGGGGGGAGUAAGAUUAGUAAAUAAUCACCAUAUAUAUGGAUAUGUUGUUAAUAUGAUGCUUUUAAAGCUCCCAAGUAAUAAAUCACGAAGCUCAUUGCUUUCGUUAAGCGCAAAAGAAAAAUACCAACGUUUAUAUUAGGACUUUUGUAGUUUUCUUGUGGCAAUUUACUAUAUUCCUUCGUGUAAAUUUGCGUCCUUAAAGAUUCACUGUACAAAAUCGAUCAGCCGUCUCUGAAAACACUUCUUUGGCAAUGUAAAACAGUAAUUGUUUAACAUAGUGUCUAUCUAUGAAUGGCCUGCAAGUGCACAAUGUUGGCUAGGCAGUUAGAAAACUUGCAGGAAGUGAUACAAUAUUUAGCUGCUUCUGCUUCACACAAGUAUUUUGCUGUGUUGUCAAUCCAUUCUUCAGUUCAUAAUUUUCUGUUCUCACUUGUCUCUUUGUGCAUUAACAAUGAAUAUAUUAAUAUAUUUUGUAAAGCAGAUACAAUUUUUCAUUAAAAAAUCCUGUUACUUUUCAGAGGACGACACUUCUACUUGUUGGACGCGCAGGUAACGGAAAAAGUUCUGUCGGCAAUUCUUUGCUAAGACUACAUGAUGACAGUCAAAAGUUUGCGCCAAGAGGACCAUCAGAAGAGACGAGGUUAAAAAGCGAAAUUGCUUAUGAUGACCAGUUGUUUGUUGUGGAUUGUUCUGGUAUUGGGGACACGGGAUCUGACAUGCCAAGUGACAUGUCAUCUACUGUGCUGUCAGCAUUUGAUGCAUUGAUUAUCAAUAAUAAUGUAUCUGAUAAGAAACCAAAUCAUUUACAAAGAUGUGGGUUCGAUGCCCUGAUAUUUGUCUUGAAAUAUGGCGUCCGAUUUACCAAACAAGAGAAGGACGCCGUAGAAAUGGUCAAGUCUGUCUUUGGAGAUGAUGUUUUCAGACUUUGGGGAAUUUUAGUUUUCUCUUACGGUGACAACUUUAAAACUGAUAUAAGAGACAUUGAUAAAAGUUUUGAUAAUUGGUGCAGGGAACAAAGAGGUGAGAUAAAAACUCUGUUUGAAGAAGUGCGUUACAGGUGUGUCCUCUUUGACAAUAAAACAAAAGAUAAAGACAAGCUAGAACGACAACGCUGUAAACUAACUGAACUCAUCCUAACAUUAAAUAAACAAGAAAAACCCGAUUCAAUUCUAAAGAAAUAUUUCCCAGAAGACUUUACUAAUAUUCGCGCCAAACACUUUAAUGAGAGAUGUAACCGUCUUGAUAACGAAACACAGCAACUGUUAACUAUACUUAAAAGAAAUGCCAAAAGUGGAAAUAACAAAGCUACAUCACAUUUACAGCAUAAGCUAAAAAAUGAGUGGAUAAAUCUGAAGAGGGAAAUCAAGGAAGAAAUGGAAUAUUUUACAUUGGGAGAAAAUGCUAAAAAAGAUAAAUCAACACAAUAUGAUACUAAAGAUAAAUCAACACAAUAUGAUACUAAAGAAGUUGAAUCUACACAAUAUGAUACUAAAGAAGUUGAAUCAACACAACAUGAUACUAAAGAAGAUAAAUCAACACAAUAUGAUACAAAAGAAGUUGAAUCAACACAAUAUGAUACUAAAGAUAAAUCAACACAAUAUGAUACUAAAGAAGUUGAAUCAACACAAUAUGAUACUAAAGAAGAUAAAUCAAC